AUGGCGGAGCAGACGCAGCGGCAAAUGUUCGCGUGCCCGUGCUGCGGGUACUUCACGCUGGAGGACAGCGGCGGCUUCUGCCUCUGCCCGGUGUGCUACUGGGAGGACGACGGGCAGGGCGACCACGACGCCAAUGUGGUGCGCGGCGGACCCAACGGCUCGCUCAGCCUCACCGACGCCCGCGCCAACUACGCCGCCUUCGGAGCCUCCAUGCCGGACCGAGCGGCCUAUGUACGGCCGCCGCGCCACGAUGAGAUGCCCCCCACUCGCCCCACCGAGUGA